ACUCCGUUUCCCCUUUUCGCAGCGCCACAGGCUCCACACUGAAAACACUCCAUAUCUCUCCAUAACACCCCACCACGUUUUCGACAGGUGUCUUUAUGACUCUGAAUCUUCACUCGGGUUAGUGUUUGGUGCUGUUUUACUCCUCCUCAGGCUCUGUGCCGGACUUGCAUGUCAGUCUGUGCUGGACUCACAGCCCCAGCGGCUCCCCGGCAGGCCUCUCUGUUCACCGUGUGAGCAUCAGCUCUCACGCCGCGGUGGGGUGGGUCCAGUUCGGCUACAGAGGCAGCAUGGCCCCUGUAGAGAGCUAGCCUCUGCUGUUAAAAGCGAAAGAAAGGGACUAAUUACAUCUGUGGUGAAGUGCUAAGCUUGGAUGUCACUGCUAACGAAGUUUGACUGUCAGAAUGAACGCAGGCACUCAGCAGAGUGAUACCAAGAGGCAGCACCUCCUGGAGAGGCUGCUGGAUGCUGUCAAACAGUGCCAAAUUCGCUUUGGAGGAAGAAAGGAAAUCGCCACAGACUCAGACAGCAGGGUCAUCUGUCUGUGUGCUCAGUUUGAAGCGGUGCUGCAGCAUGGACUGAGGAAGAGCCGAGGCCUCGCCCUCACCGCCGCUGCUCUAAAGCAAGCAGCAGGCUUCAGCAGCAAGACUGAAGCAGAGCUGACCUUCUGGUUUUAUGUGAAGGAGCAUCUGAACCGCCACGAGCUCCAGCGGUUCUACUCUCUGCGUCAGAUCUCCUCAGAACUGGGCAGAGGUCGGGCCUGGCUGCGCUGUGCCCUCAAUGAACACUCACUGGAGCGCUACCUUCAUACAUUGCUGGCUGACCGCCCACGCCUGGGAACUUACUAUGAAGACUGGGCUUUUAUUCUCGAUGAGGAGAGAGCUAGCAUGCUCCCCACCAUGGCAGCAGGUCUGAACUCGAUCCUGUUUGCCAUCAACAUUGACAACAGUGACCUGAACGGUGGGGUGACACGAGGAGGGGGCUCGUCUGUUACCAACCUUCUGAAAGAGUCGACGCAGGGCAUCGGCAGCCUGUGGAAAGAGUCGACUCAGGGGGUCAGCAGCCUGCUGAGGGAGAUCAGUACGGCCACAGCUGUGGUGCCAGGCUUCAAUCCCAAAAUGGACGGAGGCUCAGACCCACUGCCUGUCCUGCCACGCAGCACAUCUGCUGACUCUGGGCUGAGGAAAGAGCGCCGGAGAAAAAAGAAAGUCACCAACAUCAUAUCAUUUGACGAUGACCUGGACGGAGGGGCGGAGGAUGAGGAGGAGGGAGAGGAAGACUCUCAGAAGGUCACUGCCAUGAGGAAGAGCCAUACUGCUCCUGCUCAGAGCAGCGUGGAGGAAGGAAUUGACCCUUUGGAACCAGAUUUCUCUCAGUCGCCGGCCCAGAACGGCCUGGAUGAGCCAGGCAUCGUCAGCUGGGUGGGGUCCCCUCGUCCCUGCCGUACUCCUCCCACUACUACACCUCCUCUACCUGACAGUAAGAGCAUAGAUAAUGAAGAGGAGGAGGAAGAGGAGGAGAUAUACAAACAGAGAGCACAAUCGCAGGAGGAGGAGAGGAUCAGCUCUGAUCAGAUGGUGGUCGGCAGUCUGCCGACAGUGUCCACGUGGAGCCCUCUACAGGUGAUGAAGGUCCACAGCAGCUCAGACAUCCUCAUUCCUUUGAAUCCUGCAGACCCUCAGCCAGUGAGCUCUGUGGAAGACACGGCUGCAUUUCCUGCUCAGUGUGAGUCAACAGGGCCUGUGGAAAACUGCGAGGGCAGCGGGUCCAUGCUAACGUUCGGUAUGGAGUCCAGUCCACCAGCACAGUCCGCUCCACUUUCCACUUCACUGCCAACAUCUGCUCUUCCAGAGUCCAUGACAGUGGUGGAGCUGCGUCAAGCCAUCGUGGCCAUGAUGAACAGGAAAGACGAGCUGGAGGAACAAAACACGUCCCUCCGCAGCCUCCUGGACGGGGAGAUGGAGCACUCUGCAGGCCUGAGGCAAGAAACUGAUCAGCUGAAGAAGAAGCUGGCUGAGCUGGAGGAGAGACACACAGCCAAGGUCCAGGCGCUGGCCAGAGAGAAUGAGGUCCUAAAGGUCCAGUUGAAGAAGUAUGUGGGGGCGGUGCAGAUGCUGAAGCGAGAGGGGAGCCAAGGCAAUGACGUCCUGUCAGUGUUGCGUUCCAGUGAAGAGCAGGCCCCUGUCCCACAGAAUAAGUUCAUGGGUGACAUCGAGGAGCUGGCCGCCAGCUACGAACGCAAACUAAUAGAGGUGGCCGAGAUGCACGGUGAGCUGAUCGAGUUUAAUGAGCGCCUGUACCGUUCCCUCAUGGCCAAAGACCACCUCAUUGUCCAGAUGAGACAGGAACUCAUUGACCUGAGAGGACCAGUACCAGGUGAUUUAAGCCAGACGUCAGAUGACCCCAGUCUGUCUGACUUUGAGACGGCUCAUCGUGCUCUCAUCAACGUGUGGAUCCCCUCUGUGUUCCUGCAGGGCCGAGCUGCCAACGCCUACCAUGUCUAUCAGGUGUACAUCCGGAUCCUGGACAAUGAGUGGAACGUGUACAGACGUUAUACAGAGUUCAGGGAGCUUCACAACCACCUGAGAGUCCACUUCCCACAGGUGGACACAUUCAACUUCCCGCCCAAGAAAGCCAUAGGAAACAAGGAUGCAAAGUUUGUGGAGGAAAGGAGGAAGCAGCUGCAGGGCUACCUUCGCAUGGUGAUGAACAAAGUGAUCCAGACACUGCCGGAGUUCACAGCCCGCCCCACCAAGGAGACCCUGCUGUCUCUGCUGCCUUUCUGUCUAGACACACCUCAGGCCAACGACGGUGGAGCCAAGACUCCUCGAUCCAAAACGUCAUCCCGCUUCCCCAGACUGGGCCGCAGAGGAAAUCAGGAUGCCAGACCUGAACCCCAGAGUGGUGACCUUUAACCCCAGAACCUUUGAACUUAUACCACUCAAAAUAUAUGGUGAGGACUGCAAUGUUCACAUGGCCAAACAUGUACUGUGGCUCAUAGAGGACAAAAAAGGCAUCUGACGGACCUUCAAAGCCUUACAGAUAAAAAGCCUCAGUCAGGGAUGGGAGGUGGAUGCAUCAACUUCACGGACAUCUCUUAGAGAUAUGUAAAUGUUUCUGUGCAUUUACCCGGCUGAGUAAAGGAUGAGUGGUUCUCCUGAGGCUGCCUAACAAUGAACCCAAUCAUACAGCACCUCUUACCUCACUGAGAGACAACAAGACUUUGUUCACUGCACAUGAACAAGACUGGAGUCUAUUAUCUUUAACACAAUGAGAUGACAAGGACAAUUUUUUUUCUAACUCUGCUCAGUUUUUUAGUGAAAGUGUAUCUCGGUCACAGUGCCUGCAGUGUUUUGUAGCUGCUUUCCUGCUCCAGGUAAGGAGGGGGUAAAGAGGGGGUAGAUUGAUGGAGGAUUAGUGUUUCUCAGCUAAUAUUCCGCAUUAUGGUGCCAUUAUAUUUUAGAUAACAAUAAUUCACAAUCUCUUGUAUGGACCAACUGGCAGUGGGCAUUCCUUUGACCUGCUUUGUUUUUAUUAUUGUGGCUCUUAUAAAUACAGGAUGUGUAUCAUACAUUUGUUUCACUAGGGUUGCUGUAAAAAUAUCUUUUAAUUCCAUUUCCAUAGAUGAAACUAACAUAAUUUAAGGGACUGUAUGAAAAUAACUGGUGUGGGAUGCUGGAAUCGCUUCAUGAUAAACUGAAACUACAAGGUUUGAUUAUCCUUCCAGCUUUGAAUCUCAAAAGUCAGACUACAGUCCAAAAAAUAGUGACAAAAGUAUUGAAAAACCAGAUUUCAGAUGAUGCCAAAAUGUAAAAAAAAGCAAAAGAUUUUUCACCAAGGGGUCAAUUCUGAGUUUUUUCUACUCACAUUAAAUCUCCUACAGUCCCUUAUUUGGCUAUGUAAAGAAUACUUUGAAUUAUCACAAAAAAAGUAGGUAAACAGAUGUGUUUCUUAAAAUAUUAGCACCAAAAGAAAAACUAACUUCUUACAUUUUCAAAUAAGGCACAGUUAGGUCUAUGAAUAUUCAGACAGGGACACAGUUUAUCAUUUUUUCUUCUUUGUACCACUGCAAUGGUUAAAAAAACAACCCCCCCUCCAAAAAACAAUCAAGAUGUCACUAAAGUACAGACAUUCAGCUUUCAUUUAAGGGGUUUCACAGUAAUAUGGCAGCCACCAUUUAUUAAUUACUGCCAUUUUAUUCAGAGGACCUGCGUUAUCAGGGCCCAAAAGUUUUUGGACAAUCUAACAUAAUCAAAAAUAUAAUUACAAUUUUUAAUACUUUGUUCCAGUGUUCCAAUGAGGUGGAAAACCAUGGGAUUUUAUAUGAAUCCACACAUUUCUCUUAAAAUAAACCUUUUAAUAGCCUAAUGUACUUAUCCAUUGUAGAGUAGGGAAUAUCUAAAUGAACACCAGAGUGGUUUAUAUACUAUUACUGUGCAAACUCAUAGUUUUCAUGUGAUCUUGGGAUUUUUCAUUUCCAGCUACUCAGGCCUGCACCUCAUCACUCCAGAAACACACCCAGUGAGCUUAGAGCAAACCACUGCAAACCAAGAGUGCAAGGUGGAGUAUAUGGAAUUUGAGGAUAAGCAGGUUGUGUGGCCCCACACACUUCCAUUAGCAGUGACAUCAUAAUAAACACCAGUGAGUCCAGCCCGUGGGCAGCCAUACAGACCCAUGCCAUAACACUGGCUCUAUCAUGUUUGACAGAUGAUGUAUGCUCUGGAUCAUGAGUGUUUCCUUUCCUUUUCCAUACUUUUCUCUUCCCAUCGUUCUGGUACAAGUUUACCUGGGUUUCAUCUGUCCAAAGACAGUGAUACACCUACCACCUUCAGAGUACUCUUGACACGUCUACAUACUGAUGAAGCAGGUUUUCUGCACCAAGAAAAUGAUUCUCUGAUCAUCCCCUGCAGUUGCCUUCGUUGGUCAUUCAGGCUUUUCAUGUUUUUGUAGUGAAUUCUUCUUUUUUAAGAAAGCCCAGAACGUUUUUGCUCUCAUUCAUAGAUUUAUUUUACUUUUUUAACCUAAUUAUGGCCUUCUUCACUUCAUUCAGUCCCUCCUUGGACUUCAUAUUGAUUACUUACAGACCUUUUAUUUGCUGCUUUUGUUUUGAGGCAAUGGCAAAAUAGGUCAUACUUUGAGGUGCUAAUAAUAAAGGUACUCCAAAUCAAUGGCUGUAAUUCCUAAAGAGUAAACACCAUGUUUUUGUGAAAUCCCUUAAAUUAAGACUGAAGUCUGCACUUCAAUCACAUCUUAAUUUCAAAACUAUUUUGGUGGGAAAUAGAGGUUAAAAAAGAUUAAAUGAUGUUGCUGUCAAAAUCCUUACAGACCUUACUGUAUAACCCAUGUUUUGGUUGGUUUGACAUCAGAGAUAUCACGUAAAGGAAGAUCUUCAUCAAAGUUCGAUUGACCAUACUGAUAAAUGAAACGUUUAAAGAUUGUCUAACUAAUGUGUCUUAACAGGAUCUCAUGCAGCAUUACGUUGCAAAUGAAUGUUUUAACGAUGACUAAACACUUGAAGAAAAAGCUGCUUGUUAGGGUGCAGGGGAAGGGCUGCGGAGCAUCCAGUGUGUGUAAAACAGAAGCUCAUGCAUAUGUAUGGCUCACCCAAGAGCAGACACAGGCUGUGUUGAAACGAUCGUGUUGGAAGGCUUUCGGAAAACUUGAAUCAAAGGGUCGGCACACAAAACGGUAAACACAGCUCUCACUCUGUGGGGGGAGGGGAACAAACACGCUUUGUUGGUUUUAAUUAAGUUGUUUUUCCUACAGGAAAGUGACCCUCACAGGUAUCCCACUACUGGUUAGCACUGCACGGUGUUGUUACGGAAUCCUUGCAGGGACACCGUCAAAAGCUUUUGUUUUAUCAGACUUCCUGAAGCCUUUAACAGGGGUUGUGUCUGUGGUAAACAUAAGUGAGGUGGCUGAUAAUAAAUCAGUAUGGAGGAGAAAAUAUGGUGGUAAAGGAAUUAUGUCACUCGUGAACAUAUUGUUUUCUGACAAAUGGCUCUGCUAUUGCUCCCUAUUAAGAUGAAAUGUAACACAAACUUGAUUUCUUUUCUUUUUAGCUUAAAGGUAACAAUCUGCUCUGAUUACUCUGAUUACUAUGUGAUAUUUAAAGUGUAGCACUGCCUCAUAUGCAUUUUAAAAAUCAGCCCAUAAUAUUGUGUCCUGUACUGCUUUAUAACAACAUUGUCUGUUCAUUAAAACAUGCAGCAUUUUCAUAAAAAUCUAUUUGACGGUCAACAUUAGGGUCAGUAGAUCUCUAGAACAUGGAAGCCCCUUAGUGGACAUGCAUCCUCAAGUAACUUUUUGGUUGUUCUAAAUAGAAGCAGACCUAAUUCUGAUCCUUCGAGUUUCAAAAGCACGAGUUUAAGACUCGGUAAAUGGACAUGCAGUUAGAAAGCAUCACUAUUGUGUUGUUCUGACAAAAACUGGAUGUGUGUCUGACUGAAAUUGUGCAAAAUCAAUUUCUCAAACACACCUAGAUUAUGCAAUUUGAUAUUGUCUUAUUUUUGCAUAUACUGAUAAGACCAAUCCAUCCAGAUACUUUUCCCAAACAAAGCCAGCCCCACCUCUUUCCUGAUGAAAACAGUACAUCAAAAUGAAUGGCAGUAAAUGGGAAAGUUAGGGUCUUUGGGGAUUUAAAAGCUUAAAAUUAGGGCUGUCAAAAGUUUCAGAGGUCAUUUCAUUAAUGUUCAUUCCACGGUUCCAGCAAGUUAAAAGUCUUGUGGUGUCAAGAUUCAGAUUUAGGUGGAGAGCAGGGCUCAUAUCGUCCUUCUGAGACAGGAGAAGAGUUGUGUGUCCUUUGGAAGCAGGUGGGCUUUCUGCAGCACUCCUGUCCGGAUGACUUCAAAGGAAGUGAAGAAAACUUUUUAUACUCGACUGGACAAUUGCUGACUGCGCUUAAACUGAAGUUUAAAGCUCGGCUACAGAACAACAGAGAAAGGCAUCUGGUCUGAUUGGUCUUGAUUGGCGGUUGAUUGGCGGUUGAAUGGCCCUGAGGUGGGGUCAUAGUGGGUUUUAUUACCUGUGGACCCCAUCAUAACAUGGCUGAUUCCCCACAGGGCAACUGACUCUCCCUUUGGAUACAAAUCUGCUUUUAUAGGUAGAUCAAACAUUUAAACAUGAACUUAGUCACAGAAAAUGGAACUUGUUGUGGGCUGGAAAGGAAAUGAGGAGAACAGCAGAAAGGUAAAUGUUUGAUAACGCAAGGUGCAGAUGACUUUUGACUUGUCCACUGAGCUUCAUGUGAGUUUUUCAAAGUGAAAUUAGACAUGAAAGAGCAAUGAUAGACUCGGUUUAUAACACUGUGGCUGCAGGGAGACACAGCAGUGGCUUAACCAAAGUGUCUUGAAAUGGACAGCAUAUCAAUCAAUCAAUUAAUCAUGUUUAGAAAAGUAUUAACUCACUAAUCCUGGGCCUUAAUUCUUCAUAAUCAAUCUUGAUAGCCCUACUUAAAAUUCAAUAAUCAUACAGUUUAAUGGUUUUUGGAAGCCCAAAUCCAGUGGCUAGUGAGUUAAGCAUAAAUAUUGUGACUUCUGCUUAAGGUUUGACAUUGUAACAUUUAAAAAAUAAGCAAAGUUAUGGAUGUUUAUGAGUGUCUGUCAGAGACUCUCUGUCAAACUGGACAAAUGACCCCAUCUUGUGACCAGAGAUGUCAUAAACUGGCAUAUCUUAUGUGCAGUGGUGUAGUGGUGCCUGGAGGAGUGGGUAUUUUCUCAAUUUAUCCUACAUAUUGUCACUUACUUCGGCUGCUUCAGGGAAAAGGAAAAUCAUGAAAUUAACAGCCAAAGAAGAGCAGAUUUUAUGAUUACCACUGGCCAAGACUAGAGGCUGUAUGCAUUAUGAGUGAAAUACAUAUGAAAUAUAAGAAGAGGCAGACAGACUACAGCUCCUGCUGUCACAGAGUGAUCGCUGGCUCAGUGGGAACACAACACCAGUCCCACAUUUUACCAUGUCACUCCCUUCAGCUUAAAGCCGCAGAACUGCUCUGCCCCAUCAUUUAAGGAUAAAAUCAUGUCAGAAAUGCUGGCUUUUUCACUGUUUAAAGCACAAAAGCAACACAAUAGUGUUUAUCACGUUGCUACCUGAGUUUUCUAUUCUGCCCCAAUUCAGUCUCAGGGCUUGUUUUCACUCAAAUUGGAGCAUGUUCACUGCAGACAGUGGGAAGUGACGUUGGAUUGCUCUUAUCAAUACCUCUAUAUUUGACCCAAAACUGGCCAAGUGUUCUGCAUAUUGCUGGUGUUGGGCCAUAACCUCCUAUCUCUGUUUUUUCAUGAUUUUAAUUUUUUUCAUAAAUCUGUGGUUACCCUUUACAUCUAUCGGUAGGUUCUACAAAAUAUAAACCAAUAGAAAGUGUCAAAAGUUGCUGACUAUGACCAUUUAGUGUAAAAUUGUUUGGGAAAAAUACAGCUUUUUUGCCCCUUCCCUGAAAAGUGGUGUUUUUGGCAAGUCAGCCUAGCUGUAGAUGACAGAUCUUGCACUACUAUGGUGAGAUGCCGUAUCUGUCAGAAUGGAAAUACACACUAAAACUUUCAAAAUAAAAUUGGAUUGAAUUUCCAGUUAAGGGUAAAGGUAAGAGUUAAGCUAUCAAACAUUAAACAACAAAAACCUAAAAACAUCCGUCUAAACCUAAGUAAACAGUCUUCUUGCAUGAAGAAAAAACUGAAAAAGCUCCAUAACUCUAACACAGCUAAAUCAUAAGGUAACAAAACUAUGCCAGCUGAUUUGAUAACAUAAUCAUGAAGCUAAUGUAGCUAAAUCUAUGUUAGCUAUGGAGGUUGCAUAAGCUACAUAGCUGAAACUUAAGCUAACAAAUGAUCAUUAGCUAUGUAGAUAAUGUAGCUGCAAAGCUAAUGUAGCUAAAUCUUAAUCCAGUGCGGCUUUGUAAGCUGCAUAGGUUACGUAAGCUUUUUAGGUUAUGUAGCUAAAUCUAAAGCUAACAAAGCUAUGGUAGCUAUGUAGAUAAUGUAGCUAAAAAGCUAACUUAGCUCAAUCUUAAUGCAAUGCAGCUAUGUGAGCUGUGUAGGUUACAUAAGCUAUGUAGAUAAUGUAGCUACAUAACUAACGUAGCUAGAGCGCACAACCUUUCACACUUAUGUUAAAUAACUUUUGCCGUGUUAUCUUAAGGUAAAGCUAACAAAGAUAAAGGGUGCCACUGUUCGCUUAACUACUCCCUAAACCAGUUCAUACAUCAUUCAAUCCAGAAUUAGAUAUUGGAUAUUUUUGUCUGUUUUUCUUGUCAUGUUUAUAAAUAAAGUUGUUUAAAAAGAAAUUCCAAAAGGUUUUACCAGCAAAUUACGUCCCUUCCGUUCUGACAGAGGCAGCAUCUCACAGUAACACAGUCGCUUGUACCAAAAGUAAAGUGUAUAGUAUAAAAUAUACAGAGCUGUAAAGUUGUCACUAUUCAACACAAUUAGCUGCUUGCAAACAUAGCAAGACCAACAGGAAGAAAGUCCAUUGUAAUUAAAAAAAAAAAAAAAAACCCUAAAAGGGGGCAUAUCAUCCUGCAGUCAACUGAUUUCUCCAGCUGUGCAUUAUUACUGGGAAGAGGACAGCAGUUAAAUAGCCUAAUGGAGCUAUAACUGUAAUAUGACUUGACUAUGCAUGUAAACAAGUUGAGUGACCAGAUGUUUGUUUUGGUACUAGAUUGCCAGAAAAUGAUCCAUUAUCACAAGACAGCUGGCUUUGUUUUCUCAGAUCCUUUAAUUACUGACAUUUAUGGACUACCAGGGAUUUUCUCCUGAGAUAACAAGAGAAACAAGUCAACAGUGCAAGAAAAACAACAGAAAUAGUCAUUAUCACAAGUAAACUAGCUUCGUUAAUCUGAAAAUAACAAGAUGCAAUGGCUGAUAUGUCAAGAAAACAACCAGAAAUUGUUCUUUGAGGUAUCAAAAUAGAGAUGGAUGCAUGUCUGCUCAGGGCUUCUGUACUAGAACCAGCGUUUGUGUAUGCAGUAAUAUGCAGUAUUUUUUCAGAUUUCUAAUUAGAUAUUUAACAACUAAUUCACAAUGCAUCAGUGUGUAUAUGUUCAGGUCCCCACUUUCAUUGUUAUAGACAGCUGUUUGACAUUUACUGGUGCAAAUCAGCAUUUAAACUAUUGAAAGAAAUUUAAAAAAUGUUUUUUUUUUAUAGGAAGAAAAGCAUCCAGCACAUCUAGAGAUGUGGUUUGUUUUGUGAGGAACACUGAGGAAGUUGAACAUUUAUUGGAUGAAGAAGAGUUCCCUUUGGCAUCUUAAAAUUCUCAUACAUUUUGUUCCAUCUUACUGAGGAGGACUCUGAUCUCCUUUUGCUGUUGCCAAGCACUAAUUUAGAUCUAACUGUAUUCAAAAUUGUCUAACUCAAAGUCAAUGUAAUGAUUACUUUUUGGCUUGUUGCUUUAAAUAUUUCAGGUUGUGUUGACAAGUACAAAGCUGAAGCAUCAAAGGCAGCAGUUUCCUCCUGCUGGACACGCAGGUUUGAGGAAGAUUUUCAUGUUAUCAUCACAAACUUCACUUUUCUUUUAAAUGACUCCAUUUUCGUCUCUCUAUUUAAACGCUGGAUGAAAUCUCACCUUCUGGUCUUUGAGGAUGUGAAUCAAAGCAGUGACAAGCAAAGAAAGUGGAUUGAGUUUAUUGAAACACAGCCAAAGUGUUCUCUUUGCAGUAUGCCAUGUCUGUAUCAGUGGACUUUUAUGUUCUUGCCUUAGUCAGCAGUCAGAUUUAUCUAUCAGUGUCACAGCAGAGAGGGAUCAACAAUAAAGU